AGGGGGGAGCUGAUCAAGGGCAGGCAGGGGAGCAGACAGCAGAAAGCCGAGAAAUGGGUAGCCGCUAUGACCCAAGCAUUUUAGCAGCCAAAAAGCCAUGCCAUUCAUUCCAAUGAUCCAUCGAAAAGCAAGCAAACCCCAACCCAACACCACCGACUGACAGCCAGCCAGCCAGCCAAGGUUGAGAUCUCUAGUUGCUCAAAAGCUUGAGAUCUCUGAUCCCUCUCACUCCACCGCCAAGCUGAAUUGCUGAUUGAUUGCAUCAUCGUCUUCCUCCUCACACUCUCACACCUCCGUCACCAUCUUUGGUUGGUUGUCGUCCGGAAUCUGGAGUUGGUGGUGGCGACGAGGACACGAGGAAGGUGAGCCCCAGCCAGCACCACAUACCAUAGCGGCAACAGUCGCCCCGUCGUGUCGUGCUCGCACCUACACGCCUACUCCUAGAGUACACUACAUGCUGCUCCUGCUCCAUUAUUGCCUUUGCCCAGCUCUGCUUGCUUUCGCUUCGCCCCCUGGUCCUCAUCGCCUCCCAAACCAAUCAAGCAAGGCAAACCCCCCGCCUGCUGCUCGAUUUGAUCGAUCCUUCCCCCAUUUCCAUUUGGUUCCCGCUGGUACCAGUCGCCGCUCCUCAGGUUCUUCUUCUUCUUCCGUGCCCAUGCCCAGCACCCUGUGAUCUGAUCCGGGCAUUACUCCGCGGCUCGGCUGGCUCCUCCAGCCGGGGCAAGGAGCGGGGGAGGGAUGGAGGGGAGGCCGACGCGCCGCCGUGCCGCCUCCAGCCCCAGCCCCGGCCGCAACAAGGUCUGGGUCGAGCCGCCGGGCAAGAGCCACCACCACCAGACCCCGUCCCCGCCCCCGCCCCCGCCCCCGCCCCAGGCCCCCGCGGCGAAGAGGGUGGCCGUGGUGUACUACCUCUGCCGCAAUCGCCAUCUGGAGCACCCGCACUUCAUCGAGGUGCCGCUCGCCUCCCCGGAGGAAGGUCUCUACCUGCGAGAUGUGAUUAACCGCCUCAACGUGCUGCGAGGGAAGGGCAUGGCCUCCAUGUACUCCUGGUCCUGCAAGAGGAGCUACAAGAACGGCUUCGUGUGGCACGACCUGUCCGAGGACGAUCUGGUGCUCCCCGCGCAGGGCAACGAGUACAUCCUCAAGGGCUCCGAGCUCCUUGACCGCUCGCCGCCGCCAGAUCGGCAGCAGAACGGCAUCAGCAACCCAAAGGUCGAGGGCCUCAAGCACCCCAAGGAAGAGUCCCCUCAGUCACGUGGUUCGCAAGAAGGAUGUUCCUCCUCCUCAUCCCCGUCUGCCGUUGUCAAGGAGAUCUCACCUCCGCCUGCUACUCCACGGCUACAGCAACAGGCACAAUCAGCAUUGCUGCCGUCGUCGUCCACUUCCACCAACCAUGAGGAUGAGCAAUGCCAGACUACACAUUCAGGCUCAUCUGGCAACCAGUCCCCUGAACCUGCAGGGAGAAAUGCUCCACUAUCAGAGGCAAGCUCCCCAGGACCUUCGGAGUACAGAGUCUGCAAACCCAACGGAGCUCAGGAUGCCGCCACACAAACAGAUGAUAGUGAGAGAGAUGUUCCUGAGAAGGAUACUCGCUUGGCAGGACUGUCCAUGGAGGCUGGUACAUCAGAUGCUGAGAUUCAAGAAUGCCACGAAAGGACCUCGCUGGUGUUGCCAAAGGGACCUGAAAUCAUUCGAGAAUCACCAGCAGUGUGUUCGUCUGAUGCUUCGCCAGGUGGCAGAGUUGAGACCUUGGAGUCCCUGAUAAGAGCGGAAGCCAGUAGGAGAAGUAGCUUUAGAACACUAGAGGAGGAACAUAUGUUUGGUCCAAUGGGUGUGAAACUCAAGCCAGCCAAUUUGCUAAUGCAGCUUAUCACUUGUGGGUCUAUAUCUGUGAAAGAACACCGAGGCUUUGGGAUCAUCCCAACGUACAGGCCUAGGUUUACACAAGUUGAGUUCCCUUCUCCAGUGUUCUCCACUCCUGUGACAUUGCGACACCUUGACAAGAUCCCAUGUAAUUCAAGAACAAUUGCAAUGAGAGCUCCAGAGUCUGAAUGUUUCAGUGGGAGCUUGGCUGAGACCAAGAAGCAGGAUGAGUCUGAGAGAGGAAUCGACACACUCAAACGCUCAUCAUCUUAUGACGAGGAUAGGGUUUAUAGAGGAGCACAUUCCAAAAGUGACACAGAAAGCUCCGUGGAGUCAGGUAGCUUCAGGUGUCUCCCACAAACUAUCAGGAUUAUAUCUUGUAAGCAAUCGAGAACUGGAACAAUACUCUCCCCAGCCUCUGACGUGAGGAACAGCUCUAGUCGACAAGAAUAUAGUGCCAGAUCCUCGCCACUGGAUUCAUCAAAGAGUGCAAGCAAUAGGAUGACUGAUCCAUCACUGGGUAAACUAUCUUCUGCGAGAAUAGAGUCAUUCCACAAGGAAAAGGAUGUGAUCAAGAUUGAAGAAAGGCUUCCUUCUGGAGCUCGGGUUAUAAUCCAGUCCGCACCUUUGUGUGAAGAAAGUGAUGACAGCAAUGAAUCACUAUCUGAGUGAGAAGUGGGAAUGCAUUUGCUUUUGUUGUUAUGUGGAACGCUUGGCCUGCUGUCAUGUUGACCUUGCUGCAUUGAGUUGACUUGGAGUGAACCCCUGAAGGCAAAGAAUGCUGCUAUUCACUGCUCAUUUAGUUGUCUAUACAUGAUGGAUGGUGGGCGCCUGAGCUUUUCAGUCAGGGAUGGGACCUGGAGGGAGUCUGUGUUGGAUGGUAGUUUGGUACUACCCCUUUCAAUUGACUUGGGCACUCGUCUAAGUGGUUUUUUCCUUGUGUAACACCAUAUGUACUCGUGAUCAAUUAUAUGAAAUGGUGAAGCAGGUACGCGAGGCGUGUCUGGCUCUGCAUUGUCUGAUCCUCAGUACCAUGUUUCAGAAGUCUGAACGUGAAAUGACAGUAUCUAGCAUCAGGCAAGGCUGUGCUUGUUAAUUUCCUUGUAUAUGUUUGACUGUUGAUUGCCUUUUGUACAACCAAGUGAGUGAAGAAACAGGUGUUUACUAUUCUGCUGCA